AUGGGUUCUUUGGAGUUGGGUAUGGAGAUCCAUCGAGGAAUAAUUCAAAGUGGGUUAUUGAGGGAUGUUUUAGAUUCAAAUUCCCUGGAUGUACACAGAAUGGUAUUAUGGACAAGGCUUUUUGAAACAAUGCCUCGGCCAAAUGUGGUGUCAUGGAUUGCGGUUAAUUUUGGGCAUGCACAGAAUAGUUUAGUUGAAAAAGCUUUGGAGUUUUUUGGUCAAAUGCAAUCGACUGGCGUAAAACCAAACUCAACAACUUUUUCUAGUGUCCUCACAGCAUGUGCCAAAGCUGGAGUACUAAAACAAGGCAUGUGUAAAGUAAAACUCAGCAACCUUUGCCAGUAUCCUCCCAGCAUGCGCAAGCUUGGAGCUUUGGAACAAGGUAUGGAGAUGCACCAGAAAAUAAUUGAAAGUGGCUUUUGGUCAGAUGUUAUUGUAACAAAUGCCUUGAUAGACAUGUAUGCAAAAUGUGGCAGCAUAAAGAAGGCGUGGAGACUUUUUGAUAAAAUGCAUCAUCCUGAUUUCAUCUCAUGGACUGCAAUGGUGGCAGGAUAUGCAAUGCACGGCUAUAGCACUGAUGUUCUCAAACUCUUUGAACUAAUCAAGCUAUCUUGA